AUGUCAUUUCAAAGCGAGACAACGACGGUCGCUAGCAACGAACAAGCUCCGUUGCUACCCAAAACACAACGCAACGACCCAUACAAUAAUAACGACGACGACAACGACGACACGUAUUUGAUAAACCAGCCUCGCAAGUACAAGGUUGUUGCUCUCCUAUGCGCUGUAUUUUUGGCAGUGGGUAGCCACUUUGCCGCUCAUACCCUAGGCGCCAUGAAAAACAUCGUCAAAGAGGAUUUUGGUAUAUCCAAUUCCCAAUAUGGUGCCAUUCAAUCCAGCGUCUCCAUCGUGAAUACGGUGCUUCCUGUUUUUGGUGGUAUCGUUCUUGAUAGCUUUGGCACAGCAUCCGGUUCCAUUGCUACUACUAUCCUCAUUACUGUGGGCAAUGUAUUGGUGGCCUUCUCAACAGGCAACAAGAGCUUACCAACCAUGAUCAUUGGUCGUGUCUUAUAUGGUAUUGGCAGUGGCACAGUAGUCAUUGUUCAAGAAACAAUCCUUAGCCAAUGGUUCAAGGGGCCUAGCUUAGCAGCAGUGAUUGCACUAAUGAUGACCGUGAGCCGAUUGGCAUCCUUUGCUGCACAAGCUACUGUUAUCCCCAUUGCCAACUGGAUGGGUUGGUAUGGAUACGGCUUUUGGUUUUCUGCGUUCCUUUGCAUUUUUUCCCUCGUGAUCAAUCUUAUGUACCUGACUUUGGUUCGGAAUGUAUCCGGGAUCCGUAGCCAGGCUACAAACAACAGCGCAUUGCGUCGCAAGAAAACGUUCAGCUGGUCCAAGUUGCUGUACCUACCUCACUGCUAUUGGCUUAUUGCAAUCAUGGAAUUCUUGUUAGGCGGUGGAUGGGGUUGUUUCCUUCAUAUCAACAGCGAAUUUGUAAAGAUGCGAUUUGGCUAUGAUGAUGCACGUGCAGCUGCCACUGGAAGCAUAGCCCAAUUGUUACCCGUGUUCCUGAUGCCAAUACUUGGAUUAUGCGUUGAUCGCUUUGGGAAGCGCACAUGGAUGAUCAUUGGAAGCGGUCUCACAUUCCUUGUAUCAUUAUUACUUCUCAACUACACUCAUAUUGCUCCUGUGGUAGGCAUGCUGUUUUUCAGCAUUAGUCUUGCGCUUGGUCCCGUUGGCCUUGUUUCCUCGGUUCCUAUCAUUUUGCCCAUGUCGCUUGUGGGCACAGGUAUGGGUCUCGUCAAAUCAAGUACAAACAUUGGUGCAUCCCUUUUCGAUAUUGCUACUGGAUUACUACAAGACAUGGAUGAUCAUCAAGGCUAUGAUGGUGUAAUGAACUUUUUCAUUGGUGUUGGUGCACUUAGCGUCAUUGCAGGGCUGACAUUGUGGUUCCUGGAUAUGUCAAUUUAUGAUGCUCUGCUGGAUCAGAGUGCACGUGACAGUCGCCAACAAGAACAAAAAGUGGAAACAUCAGCUGUUCAAGAAAAGCUAUGGGCUAAUUGGAUCUAUGGAGGCGUUUAUCUGUUUUUGGCUUGUUUAAGCUGGAUUCUCUUUAUCAAAUUUGUGCUUCUAUAG